AGAGAGCUUCAGACCAGAGGGAAAGGAGCUGCAACCGGAUCUCUGAUGUUCUUCAUGGAAUAAGCAUUUCUGACAAGAUUUGAUAAUGCGCACAAGAGCAAGAUGAGUACAAAGGUUCAACCAAUAUCUGGAAUGGAGGACACCAUUCAGACUGCUCUAACAGCUACUGCAUCACCAACAGUGAGCCCAAAAGUUUCUUUGUUUACAAAAAAAUCUGGAUUUGUAAUACCAAAAAACAAGCUAUCAGGUUCCUUAGUGCCCAUUUUCCGGGGAAGUAAAAAACUAGGAGGCACUGACGUGGAGAAUGAAGAAAGUACAAAACCGGUGCUGAGAAAAACAAAAUGGGGCCCUGAUUUGACACAGGAUGCGUUUGUUAGAAAGGGAAGAGCUUCGGCAUAUCAGACUAGACUGGAUCAAAUUACACAACAACUAAAGUCGGGAAUUAUGGAGACCAAGGAUGAUCAUGAUUCAUCAGUAGCUCAUGGUGCAGCUCAACAGUCUGCAGACCGCCGAAAUAUUGAGAACUUAGAGUUGUUGGAACUUGAAAGGCGCGAGGUUAUUGGAGAAAUACUGAAGUUGAAUCCAAGCUACAAGGCCCCUGCUGAUUACAAGCCAUUGCUAAAAGAGGCUAAAGUUGCAAUCCCCAUCAAAGAAUAUCCUGGACGCAAUUUUGUUGGGAUAAUAUUUGGACCUGCGGGUGACACUCAAAAACGAUUGGAAAAGGAAACUGGAGCGAAAAUACGAGUUUAUGGUACCAAAGCAGAUACAAGGAAAGAGAUUGAGAUAACUUCAUCGGAUGGAAACAAAGCUCAUGGUGAUUGUGAAGAGUUGUCUGUUCUUGUCACUGCUGAAACUUACGAGAAGGUUGAUGCUGCAGUUUCUCUGAUCGAGUUACUGGUCACCCCAGUUUUAGCAAACACUGUUGCUAUUUCUACAAAGGAUGCAGGGCCUGGAGAUAAUCCAAAUGCGGUUAGUCUCGGCCAAGAUGUACCUUCCUAUUCCAUCUCUCCUGUGCUUGUAAACCAAGGAGUGGCUCAGGCAUUUACAGGAUCUGGACAAGCACCGGUACCAGCACCAGCAUCAGCUCAGUUUCAGCCAUACCCUAACCAAUGGCUUCCAACUGGCCAAUCUUUCAUUCCCCCUCCCUUUCCAAAUUUAUCGGUUCCAAUGCUAAGCAACCCUAUGCAAGUGUCAUCGUCCCCUUCAAAUUCUGCAGUCAUGCCACCAUCAUUUGGUCCACGGACUAUUAUGUCGAGAGCAUUUGGUUCAGUUCCCAACCAUCCUUCUCUUGUUCCAUCCCAACCACAGUUUCAGGUGCCAAAUAUGGGUUAUGCUGGUCCACCUAGGAAUCCUUCUUUGCCACCACUGCAGAUUGCACCAGGUCAACCGAAUUUUCCAGCCCCGCCUACUUCAACUGGACCAAAUCAGAAUAUGCGGCCAAUGGGGUCACCUAUUCCUCGGUCUGCUCCCCCUUAUACAUUUCCUGAACGACCUUUGACCUCUGCUGGCUGGUCCCAACCACCGGCUGGCUCUCCUGGAACUCUGGGUCCAAACAUGCCACAGAUGAUGCAACCAAUGGUCCGUCCUCAGGCAUCAUUUGUCGUGGCUUCACAACCAAGUGCUACAUCAGGAGGUGAACCUUCACCUUUUCGUCCAUCUGCCUCUCUGCCUCCGGUUGCCCCACCACUACCAGUCAGGCCUCAGACUGGGGCACCUAACCCAGCACCCAGUUCAUGGUUUCCCUCAUCAACUACAUCCACGUCAAUACCAUCUCCAUCUAUAAGGCCCCCGCCCAUAACAGCCUUAAGACCACAGCAGCCCAGUUCUAAUGAUUUCACUUUUCAAACCCAUCAUGCACAAACCCCCUCCUCUCAACAGGUUCCUAGGCCAGGAAACCAUCUCGGGUCCCAAUUUAUGCCUCCCCGGAAUCCACAAGUACCUCCGCCUCAGUCACCUAUGUUUCGACCUGGAAUGAACAAUCUUGGAGCACCACCACCUAUCAUGCAAGGCUUCCAUAGGCCACAGAAUAGUCAUCAAAUGGGUCAACAUCAAGGUCCAUCAACUAUGCCUCCCCCAUCAGACAGACAACCAGUUUUUCCAGGGCAUGGUCCACGACCGCCAACCACUCAAAUGGGACCUAGGCAGUUUGGUCCUGGUCCUGGUCCUGGUCCUGGUCCAGGUCCACCAGCCGGUCCUUUCCCACCCAGGCCUAGAAACUUCGGACAGGCUCCACAAAAUCAUCCAUCCAUGGGAUUCCGUCGCCAGAACUUGAUGGGUCCUUCAAAUCAGCAGUUCCGUGGCAAUGUCGCGCCGCAUUCUUUGGGUAGGCCAUCAGGACCUCAACAUAUAUAUGAUCCGUUUUCCCCAACUGCCGUGCCGCAAAAUUCAAGAAAACAAGAGAGUGAUCCCGAGUACGAUGACUUGAUGGCAUCUGUUGGGGUGAAAUGAUGAAGAGGUUGAUAUUGGCAAAACGCUUGUAAAGACACUCUUAUAUGUGAUAGGCCUUUCUGUUGAGUUGUAAUAUGUGAGACGUAGAAAGAAGAGCAAAUUCAUGGUGAAUACAUUUUUAUCUUAGACAACAA